AUGGAUGGUCAGGAGGCUGAGGCUGCUUUGACUGAGCUUGCUCGUUUACAAGCUCAGUUAGAUCAACUUAGGACCGAUCAUGGUAUCCCAGUUGCAGACGCUCAAUCACUCCGGUUGGACCACUAUAGAGUCCCUAAAUUGCCCUCAUUUUCUCAAGUUGACCCUGCCCUGUGGUUUUUACAGGCUGAAAUAUCUUUGAGAAAUUCCCGCAUCACAGCCCAGUCUUCAAAAGCUGAUACCGUGCUUGCAGCAUUGGAUGUGGAAGUUAUAGGUUGUCGUUCCUCCACCUGCUGA